GUGUGCGGUUUGUGGGAGCUCUCGUCACUCGACUGCAUCGCAUUUCUAAUUUAUAUUUAAAUAUAGUUGUUUAAUAGAUAUUAUUUAACACCAUGUGCAACCGCGAUCGCGUUCUCUGCCUCCUGAUCCUCGCCCUUACCCUGCAGAGCUGCUCGGUCUUUGGCCAAAAUCUGCCCCACAUCGCCUGUCCGGACAUUUUCCAGUACCUCGAGUACAGAGGCCAAUACAUUGGACACAUCCAGGUGGUUCUGGACUCCUCCUCCGUGGAAAACGUCGUGAAAGUGGAGUUCUCCCAGCGAGGGAGGCCCCCGACCUAUUCGGGAGAGAUCAACUUCUUGGAGAACGAGGAGUCCCUCAGGUAUCGCCUGAGGAACGGUGAGCUCAUCAACUUCCGGGUUGACUUCCCCACUCCGGGCGUGGUGCCCAAGCUGAUAAAGGUCGAUGUCAAUGGAGAAACUCUAUGUCAGGCUGAUCAGUACUUUCCACCCAGCGUUAAGUUAUUUUUGUCCCGCACCUUGCGAACGACAGUUCCGCUAUCGGCUCAGCCCCAGAGGAUUCCAUUCACUCCGAGACCCCCGAUUAUGCGUGAUCCUGAGUCAGCACCGCGCCCGCAACCACUGCCCCAAAGACCCCAGCAGGUCCAGAGUCCUGUACAAAACCCACCGCAGCCACGUCCCCAGCCACUGCCGCAGCCACUGCCACAGCCAACACAAUCGGCGACACCAACCAACCCACCUCCGAUCCGUCGGAUAAAUGACGCUCCCCAAACCCUCGGCCAGCUUAACACGGUCUGCGGUCGGGAAAAGCCCAUCCAAACGGCCUUUAUCCACUUUGGCGAAGUGGUGCAGCGGGGUCAGUUCCCCUGGAUGGUGGCCCUGUUAGAGCGCAUCGGGAAUGAGUAUAGCUUCACCUGCGGCGGCACCCUAAUCUCCGCCAGAACGGUGAUCUCGGCGGCACAUUGCUUCCGCUUUGGAAGCAAGAGUCUGUCAGCAGCACGCACCGUGGUCUCACUUGGUCGCAAUAGCCUGGACAUAUUCUCACCUGGUGACUUGCAGGGAGUGUCUCAGCUGGUGCUGCACCAUCAAUACGAUGUCAAUACCUUUACGGACGCGGACUUGGCGCUGCUGCAGCUGACUAACCAAGUUCAAUUUUCCGAUUUUGUCAAGCCCAUCUGUCUGUGGAACGAAAACUAUCUGCUAGACCUGCCCUCCGGCCACAAAUCGUACGUUGCAGGCUGGGGCGAGGACGAGCACGGAAACAAGAAUACGCGGCUGGCCAAGAUGACGAGCACGGACAUCAUCACGCAGACGGAGUGCCGGGGCAACCUCACCUUCGAGAAUGUGCGAUAUGUCACCUCGAACACCAUCUGCGCCAGCAAUGCGAAGGCGUCGGGUCCUUGCAGCGGCGACUCCGGCGGAGGUCUGAUGCUGGAGGAGCAGGACAUAUGGAUGCUGCGCGGAGUGGUUUCCUCUGGACAGAGGACGAGCAAGGGUUGUGACCUGACCAAGCCCGUGAUCUACACGGAUGUGGCCAAGCACAUCGACUGGCUGCUUAGGACCAUGUGGUUUUGAUGGUUUACCUGAUAGAUAAAUAGAAAACUGUGCCAAAAUAAACGAUAGCGUAUACCAAA